CCCAAUGAAUACAACAGACGCAUUCUGGCAGGGCUUAAAUGACGUCACAGGCAGAUAUUUACACUUUAAAACCACUCCCUUUCAUGCUGCUGGCAUAUAGUAGAGCGCAUAAAGCCAAUCGAUUGAACGUAAACAUCGCAGUUCCACCCCACCGAGAGAGUGAGGCGAUCCAACGAUUAGGUUACAGACAGACAGAAACGAGAUCAACAGUGAGAAGACACGAGAGUUGGUUGUCUGCUUGCUUGCAUGUGUUGUAGGUGAAGAGGUGUUCCUGGCACAAUGCUGCUGGCGGCUGGAAGACCAGGCUGCGGAAAGGGAAAAUGGAUUAGGACAAAUUUUAAAUGCCCACGUCUGUCACCUGCAAGGCUAUUAUUAACGGCCUCUUGCUUUAUAGCCUUACAGUUGGAUGCCUGUGAGUGCUCGCCAAAUAGGACUAUGCCCAGCAAUUCCAUAUCGCAAGCAGUAGACUUCCUCACCAAAUAUGGUUAUCUACCACAAUCCGAUCUCCAGACGGGGAAUCUUCGAACCGAAAGUCAAUUAAAAGAAGCCAUUAAAUUAAUGCAGAGGUUCGGAAACAUUCCACAAACAGGGGUGAUAGAUGAUAUGACGCUGAAGUUGAUGAAGAGAAAGAGAUGCGGAGUGCCCGACUUGAUAGGCACUUCCGAAAGGGUGAAGAGAUACGCCCUACAAGGCCAGAAGUGGCCAAAAACUAAUUUAACAUGGAGCAUCAAGCAAUGGGCUCCCAACGUCGAUCCAAUUAUGAUUCGGCAACAGUUCAGCAAAGCAUUUAAAGUUUGGAGUGAUGCAUCGAGUUUGACUUUUCAACAAACUCGUGACAUCAAUGCCGAUAUCGUGAUAUCAUUUCUGAGAGGAUCCCACGGAGACGGAUAUCCAUUUGAUGGUAGAGGAUCCGUUUUGGCUCACGCUUUCUUUCCUGGUGAAGGAAUUGGUGGGGAUGCACAUUUCGAUGCCGAAGAACUGUGGAUGUCUACUCUUCCAGAGUCGGAUAGUGAAGGUGUUAAUUUGUUUGCAGUGGCUGCUCAUGAGUUUGGCCAUUCGCUUGGACUUUCCCACAGUUCUAUAGCAGGAUCACUCAUGUUUCCUUAUUAUCAAGGAAUCAAUGAUAAUUUUCAAUUACCUUACGAUGAUACUGUUGGCAUACAACAAUUAUAUGGUCCUCGUAUUGAAAGAAAAUGGGCACCACUACCUCCAGUUAAAACAACUACCACCACUACUACCACUACUACAAAAUCACCACAGAGAGUAACAGAAAGAACCAGACCGAGGCCAAGGCCAACAGAUGAACCAAAAGGCAGAAGGCCUCGUCCAACUCAUAAACCGACUCCUAAAGUUCCUGACACAUGCAACACAACUUUUGAUGCAAUAUCUGUUAUAAGAAGAGAAGUUUUUGCAUUUAAAAACAGGUAUUUUUGGCGAAUGGGUGAAAAAGGUCUACAUAAAGAUUAUCCUGUUGCCAUAGAUCGUUUUUGGUAUAAUUUGCCUCCAGAGCUACAACAUGUUGAUGCAGUUUAUGAAAGAUCUAUUGAUACCAAAAUAAUGUUUUUCUCAGGUAACAAAUAUUGGUUGUUUAAUGCUAACACUCCAGAAGAAGGAUAUCCAAGACCUGUUACAGAUUUGGGGCUUCCACCUGAUUUAAAAAAAAUAGAUGCAGCUAUGGUUUGGGGUCAUAAUGGUAAAACCUAUUUUUUUAGUGGAAAGAAAUAUUGGAGAUAUGAAGAAUUUGAAGGACGUGUAGAUUCAGACUAUCCUAGAGAUAUGGCUGUUUGGGCAGGAAUACCUUACAAUAUUGAUGCUGCUUUCCAAUGGACAGAUGGAAAGACAUAUUUUUUUAAAGGAAAAUAUUUUUGGAAAUUUAACGAUCUAAAAAUGCACGUUGAAGAUAUUAAACCAACCGAAAUAAGUAAUUUUUGGUUUGGUUGUCCAAGCUCAAAUGAAAAGUUACCAGAUUAUGAUUUGAUAUAUGGUGGAAGAGCAAUCGCAUCAAUGCUCAGAGAAUCCAAAUGGUGCAUAAUUUUAUUUCUACUAAUAAAAGUUUUCAGUGAUGCAUUAAAUAAUCUAUGAUGUAUCAUUUAGAUGAAUAUAAUAAUUAUUUUAAAAUUAAUUGAAGACAGUGCCUCUGGCUAGCAAAAUUAUUUGUGUUUGUACGAACAAGUCAGCAAGGACGAAGAUGAGAUUGUUGUUGUGCCAUUAUAAAGUACUAAAAUCAACUGUGAUCACACCAUAUUAUAGCAAAGAUCUAUAAUAUAAAUUCGUAGAUUUCUCAUUUUCUGGAUUAUUAAGUGCUAUGUACUUUAAAUGGUGCUAUCAUUGAAAUGUUGAAUUUUUUUUACCUUAAUUUAAUAACAACAAAUAGUUUUUUAAUGUGCCGAAUGAGAAAAAAAUUAUAUAACUUUUGAUUUUAAG